AUGCAUUUCUCAACCACCUUCGCCGCACUCGUUGCCAUCUCCGGCUUCACCUCUGCCUCACCCAACGGCUGGUCCCACCAAAAGGAAGCCGAUGAUAGCCCUUCCAAGCUUGACGACUGCGGCUGCUGGCCCAUCUACCAGGCCAUGCUCAAGUGCCAGAAGCUCAAGUGGCCCGAGGAGAAGGCCGAGGACUGCGUUUGCAUCCCCAACCCUGAUGGAUGGUACGGCUCUAUGGAUGGAUGCCGCACUUGUCUCUCGUCCAACACCGACGAAGACUUCUUUGACAACAUGGGGAAGCUCAUCACUCAGAUGUUCGUCUCGUGCACCAACGCUGGCGGUGCUGUUUACAGUGAUGGCAACAGCAUCUGCGCUAGCAACUCCUACCGUGAGGCUUGUGCUUCUCUCGGUACCGACGGAAAGCCUAGCUGGGCCAGCUUUGAGCAGGGAGAUGUUAGUGGAAAUGGAACUUACGUCUUGGACAUUGAGGAAUAUGGCGCCAAGAAGGGUAGCUCUACCUCCGUGACUACCGCCAAGACUGCCGAGAAGACAACUGCUGCCACUGCUUCUGCUACUGAGUCCGCUGAUGCCACCGAGACUGAGACCAACACCAAGACAGAUGACGAGACCAAGACUGAGGCAGAGACUUCAACUGCUGCCGCCGCUUCUGCUGCUGGUACCUCGGACGCUGCUUCUGAAGCUCAGACCCCUGCUGCUUCAGUCACGUCAACACCUUCCUCAGCCAUGAAGCUUGCGGGUGCUCAGAUGGGACUCAUGGUGGCCGUUAUCAUGGGAGUUAUGCUGUUCUAG